AUGGCCCCCACAGUAAUUACAGUGAUUACAAUCAGCACAACUUCUGCCACUGAACUGCCUUCCUGCCCUGUGUCUCAUUACCACAGACAUCACUGCCCCGUGUCUCAUUACCACAGACAUUACUGCCCCGUGUCUCGUUACCACAGAUAUUACUGCCCCGUGUCUCGUUACCACAGACAUUACUGCCCCGUGUCUCAUUACCACAGACAUUACUGCCCCGUGUCUCGUUACCACAGACAUUACUGCCCCGUGUCUCAUUACCACAGACAUCACUGCCCCGUGACUCGUUACCACAGACAUCACUGCCCCGUGUCUCGUUACCACAGACAUUAUUGCCCCGUGUCUCAUUACCACAGACAUUACUGCCCCGUGUCUCGUUACCACAGACAUUACUGCCCCGUGUCUCAUUACCACAGACAUUACUGCCCCGUGUCUCGUUACCACAGACAUCACUGCCCCGUGUCUCGUUACCACAGACAUUACUGCCCCGUGUCUCGUUACCACAGACAUUACUGCCCCGUGUCUCGUUACCACAGACAUUACUGCCCCGUGUCUCAUUACCACAGACAUUACUGCCCCGUGUCUCGUUACCACAGACAUCACUGCCCCGUGUCUCGUUACCACAGACAUUACUGCCCCGUGUCUCAUUACCACAGACAUCACUGCCCCGUGUCUCGUUACCACAGACAUUACUGCCCCGUGUCUCGUUACCACAGACAUUACUGCCCCGUGUCUCGUUACCACAGACAUUACUGCCCCGUGUCUCGUUACCACAGACAUUACUGCCCCGUGUCUCGUUACCACAGACAUUACUGCCCCGUGUCUCGUUACCACAGACAUUACUGCCCCGUGUCUCGUUACCACAGACAUUAUUGCCCCGUGUCUCGUUAUCACAGACAUUACUGCACCAUGUCUCGAUACCACAGACAUUACUGCCCCGUGUCUCAUUACCACAGACAUUACUACCCCGUGUCUCGUUACCACAGACAUUACUGCCCUGUGUCUCGUUACCACAGACAUUACUGCCCCUCAUUAUCUGAUUGCUAUGAUAUUGCCUUAUUGCCCCAGUACUGUGCUUGUUAUUAUUAUGCCUUUUUGCCCUAG